AUGAACCAGUCAGGCUUAUUCCUCAGUGUCCUCAGCCUACUGGUAUGUCUUGCCUCCCCCAUGCAGGCAUGUCCUCUGAGCUGCCACUGCCAUGGCGGAGACCUGCAGCACGUCAUCUGCGACAAUGCAGGUCUGAAGAAGAUCCCCAAGGUGCCUGAGCAAACACGGCUUCUCAACCUGCAGAAGAACAACUUCCCCAUCCUGCCAACCAACAGCUUCCGUGACAUGAAAAAGCUGGUGUCCCUGCAUCUCCAGAGCUCUCGGAUCAAGGAAAUCUCAACUGGAGCCUUCCAGGGCCUCAAGAGUCUGGUCUACCUCUACCUCACUGACAAUCAGAUCAGUGUCAUAAAACCAGGAGCCUUCGAUGAUCUCUCUGAGCUCACUUACCUGUACCUGGACAAGAACAAGAUCCCAGACUUAGCCAAAGGACUCCUCUCCCCUCUUGUCAAUCUCUUCAUCCUGCACUUAGGCAGCAAUAAAAUCCGGGAGCUAAAACCAGGUGCUUUCAAGGGAGCUAAAGACCUACGCUGGCUCUUCCUCUCUGACAACUCCCUCACCAACCUCCUGCCUGGGGCCCUGGAGGACAUAGAAAACCUUGCUGUCCUCCACCUGGACAAGAACCAGCUGAGCAGCUAUCCUGUGAAUGCAAUGAGUAAGCUGAGAGUGCUGGAGGAACUGAAGCUUUCUCAUAACCCAAUUGAGGUCAUCCCUGACAAUGCCUUCCAGUCCUUCGGGCGAUACCUGCAGACACUCAACCUCAACAACAUGAAACUGAAGAAGUUUGCAGAGAGUGCAUUUGCUGGUGUGACCGUGCUGAAGGCUGCUCACCUGGAGAACAACCGGCUCACCCAGCUGCCCCGCAGCUUCCCCUUUGACAGAAUGGAGACCCUGACCCUCUCCCGGAACCCCUGGCACUGCAACUGCCAGCUGGCACAUCUGCGCAAGUGGCUGAAGGGCAAUCGCACUCACACCGAGGAGACCUGCUCUACACCUGCACAGUAUCGGGGACAGUCCAUCAGAGACACCCCAGCACUUCGCUCCUGCAAGCUCCCCACCAAGAGGUCCAAGAAGGGAAGUCGCCAUUAA